AGAUCGAGGCCCGCGUACGGACACCCCCACGUGGACAGCCCCGCAAGGACACCGCCGUCCCUGCAGACACCCCGCGGGGACCCCGCCGCCCCCUGCCCCCCUACCUGCCGCGCCCCGCACCCCGCCCGCCAAGGCCCGCGUCUGCCACCGGAAGCAGCCGGCGGGCCCCCGCAGCGCUGCCGCCAUCGCCGCCAUCGUCACGGGGCCUCUCGCCGGCGGCCGGGGCUGUCCGCCGCGCUGCCUGCGCCGGUGCGGGGCGCGGCCACCAGGCACAGGGCGCGCGGCCGCCGGCGGGGAGGGUUGGCCCUUAUGAAAUCUACGUGGGUCUGCUACUGGCGCUCAUCGAAGUUAGGCUCCUACCCUCCCACAGAGGCUGGAAGACAGGGGCCCUAUCUUCAGCUGUUGGUUGUAACAAAUGCAGAGCUGGAGGCCGGAGCUCUGCUGUUGGCAGCUGCCUCGUUGGGCCUGGUGCUGCUGACGCUGCUGCUUCUGCGCAGAGGCUGGGCCUGGGGCCUCCUAAUCGCCUGCUGCGAGUACGUCCCUCAGCCCAUCCACGACCUGCUCAUGGGUGACAGCAAGGAGCAGCGCAUCUUGCGCCACAUGCUAGAGCAUGCCAAGGCAGGGGAUCCACAGAGCGUGCUGGAGGCCAUCGAUGACUACUGCUCGCAGGAGUUUGCCAUGAUCGUGGGCGACCAGAAAGGCCAGAUCAUGGAUGCCGUGGUGCGGGAGUACCAGCCCUCGGUGCUGCUGGAGCUGGGGGCCUACUGCGGCUACUCGGCCGUGCGCAUGGGCCGCCUGCUGGUGCCCGGUGCCCGGCUGCUCACCAUUGAGCUCAACCCUGACUUCGCUGCCAUCACCCAGCGCGUGCUGGACUUCGCGGGCCUGCAGGACAGGGUAACAGUUCUGGUCGGGGCGUCCCAGGACAUCAUUCCCCAGCUGAAGAAGAAGUAUGACGUGGACACACUGGACAUGGUCUUCCUUGACCACUGGAAGGACCGCUACCUGCCGGACACGAUCCUCCUGGAGGAACAUGGCCUGUUGCGGAAGGGGACCGUGUUGCUGGCCGACAACGUCAUCUGCCCGGGAACACCAGACUUCCUGGCACACGUGCGCGGGAGCGGCCGCUUCGAGUGCACACACUACCCCGCGUUCCUGAAGAACAAGAAGCUGGUGGACGGCCUGGAGAAGGCCGUCUACAUGGGCCUGGGCAGCCCGGCGCAGCCUUGACGGCCCGCCCUGCUCUGCGCUCCUUCAGCAGCCUGGUUCUGAAGGGCACGAUAGACGUGCUCCCACUAACCCUACUUCUGCGGUCCUGGGGUCUGUCCUUAAAUGCAAAGCAUGCUGCAGGCCUGAGCCCUGCCCACGUUGACCUCUCGGUGCUGCAGCUCCAUGCUGUCUUUCUUUUAACAACAAAUACCAGGCUCUUUACUAAAAUCAGCUAGCUGUAAUAAUCUUAUAUUCUAAUUUCAUAUUUUAAAAAGAGAAAUCCCGGUCUAGAUAUUUAGAUAUGAGAGGUCAGCUUAGCACCACGCUUCUCACCCUCCACGUGGCCCCCAUACCCUGCUGCGCUCUGCUCCAGCACCAAACACACUGAGCUCCCCUUGACAGGAUGAUAAUGCCAUGGGCCUGGCCCAGGGCUGGCUGAGUUCUGGGUAUUACACCUGGCCCAAUAGUGGAGAGGAGCCAGCCCUACUUAACACUGCUCCUUCUGUGGCCAGGCCAGGGGCACCUGUUAGCACCACAUGCAUGUCUGCCUGCCUGGGAAACCAGCACAGGCCAAUCGGCCAGACUUUACACACAUCUCUGACCAUGGCAGGCACUGGUGACAGGUGGACAUAGGACCACACAGCAGCGCCCGGCCCUCUGGGCCCACAUGUCACACUGAGCGGAAGCACCUCUUUCCCCAAUCCCACCUGGCCUUGCCUAUGGAAAAGGAAGCAGGCUCAGACUGUCACAGCAUUUCUGCUGGCUGCCAGCUGCAAGUGACAAAGCAGAGUUGGUUUGUGUCUACCUAAUCCACGGCUGUCCCCAACCCCCUCUCUGGCUCUCCAGCCCCAACUCUCCGAAGGGGUCAGACUGCUGGCCACCUCAGAGGCUCCCAAAGGCCCCAGUACAGGCUGAGUUCCCAGACUGGGGACAAAGAUCAACACUGUCCUGGCUGAGCCCACCUGUGCCUAAACCAGCCACUGGCCAGGACUCUACUCCUGGGCUUCUAGCCCAGCAAUGCAGCCAGUAACCAGUUUGUUCCUCUAGACAAAUGGAGAGAUCAGCAAAAUGCCCUAGGGGCCAGGAACUGACCCCUACCCCACACGAAGCACAGCAGGUGGACACCAGAGCAUCCAGAAAGUAGGGCCCUAGCUCAGGGUGACAGGUGCUGCCAGCCCCUGCUGCCAGGGGGCUCCAGGCUCCAUGGCAGAGUUCGCUCAGGAUGGCCCUUCUGGUGAUCCAAUCCCUAAGAACAAAUGGCUGGGCCUGAGCUCUGUGGAGAGACGAGGGAAGGCAGACGCUUCAGCCAAAAGCACAGGCAGGUGUCAGCCAGCUGAGUGGGGCAGGACAACGUGCAACCUCCAGGCAGGGCAGCCGCCUCCACAUGCUGCAUGGAUGGAGACGUGGAGAAAGGCAGCUGCUAUGGGUAGUGCAGGCUGACUCUGAGGGUCUCCGCCCAGGGCCAGUCCCUUCUUGCUGGUCCUGGCAGGGCCCUGUGUUUGGGGCGUCUGAGGGUGUGGGGGGCCAUCCCUCCCCUGGUCCCAUCUCCUUGGAGCUCUGAACCUACAGUGCCUGAGACGGGGCUACGGGCCUAGAGGACCGUCCCUCUUAGCCCUCAGUCUGGUCUUCCCUAAGCCAGGCGUUUGGGCUGCUGCGCUGGAGGCCAGGGUCCUGCUGGGAGCACACAGGAGCAGAGCAUGCAGCCAGCAGAGGUUAGCCAGAAGCCUGGCCCAGAGGAUGGGGAAAUGAUCACAUGAACAACCAGACGAGACAACGUACCAGGCAUGCAAGCUAGACCCAGGAGUCAACAGGCUGAGGCUUAGCGUCCCCCACGGCGUCCACCAGCCUGACCGCAGGCCUGCUGGGCCCGGGAGGAGGGGCUUUCCUGUCGGGGUCGGGCUGCAGCACAUGGGUGGGUGGGUGGGCAGGAGGUGUUAGAGGCAGAACACAGCAGGUUAGUCAGAGCUGACGGGUGGGGCCGGUCCAGGGUGUUGUGAGACUGGGCCUGCCAAGGCAGCACAGGGGAGCGCUGAGGGUGAAGGAAGCUGAGCUAGUGUGGAUCACAUGGGUUCAGGGUGGCACGUGGACGCACGACGCCUGUGUGCAAAGCUGAGGGACUAGCACAGAGCAGGUGGCAGGUGCUGCCCUUGCCACACCCUGCCUUUCUAGGAUGGGUUACCUGUGUUAAAUAAAAACUAUAGGAGGCUAUUGUUUGGGACUGAGCUCCUGCACUAGGCCCCAAAAGACCAGACUAAGAACCAAAAUGGAGUCACUCAUGCCGAGGUUCCUUGUCACCAAAGCAAAACUGAGUUGUUCUCUGACCUUCCGAGAAAUUAGGAGAGACAACAGACAAUUUCCCAAACAGGCCAGUUUCAGUUGUUCCCUCUGCUUUAAUGCUUACCAAAAAAAAGCAACCUAUUGUUAACCAAGCACUUCUCUGUUCCCACCUUAUAAGGAAAGUCACUUUGAAAUGA